AUGGCCGCAUCCGACUUUAAGAUCAUCAUAGCCGGCGGGGGGCCAGUCGGUCUGACAGCCGCUAUCGCCUUGGCCAAGGCCGGUAUUGACUUUAUUCUUCUCGAGAGACGUUCCCAGGUCAUCAUAGAUGCCGGAUCGAAUUUGGUUAUGCUUCCAAAUGGAAUGAGAGCUCUCUACCAACUUGGCCUUGGUGACUCUCUGGACAAGGUCAGCUCGGCACUCUCAAAUGUCGACGUCUUCAAUCACCAGGGCAGGUACACUGGUGACCUCCAGUGGCUGAAUCUGCUCGAGCAAAACUUCGGGGCUUUCCCUAGAGUUCUCAGCCGUGAGGACCUCACCAGAAUUCUCUACGAGGCCAUUCCUGAGGAUGCUCGGUCCAAUAUCCACGUCAAUAAGAAGGUCUCAAACAUCACUGUCGAAGGAGGAAACACCAUUGUCCAUUGCGCCGACGGUACAUCUUACUCAGGCUCCGCCGUAAUUGGAGCAGAUGGCGCACACAGCGUCGUUCGAGCAAACAUGCGUACCCUUGCACUUGCUGCCGGAGCUUCAGAGGUGAACAAGGAGCAACCGUAUCUCACCACCUUCAGAUGCUUGUGGUUCAGAGUUCCAUCGUCAACCGUCAACCUGAAGCCGGGAACCACUCUUGAAACGCAUGGAUCAGGUGCCGCGACCCAACUGUUCGCCGGUGAGGAUUCGGCUGUUAUUGGGCUGUACGAGGCGCUUGAUCAACCGACCCAAGUGAGAUUCCGCUUCACUGAGGCAGACGAAGCCGCCGUCGUCGAACGUUGGGGCAAUCUCGCACUAAAUGCCGGAGGUUCGUUGACCUUGAGAAUGGCCUAUGAUCGGCGAAUCCAGUCUGGGCUCGUGAGUCUGGAAGAGGGUGUUGCCGAACACUGGAGCUGGGACGGGCGUAUCGUCCUUGUUGGAGAUGCGGCGCACAAAUACACACCCAGCACAGGCGCAGGCUGCAACACAGGUGUUCUAGACAUUGUGACACUGGCCAACGAGCUUCACAAUGUGGUAUCUAAUGCAGAGGGGGGCGCACCCAGUAGUCAAGCACUGGCUUCUGCUUUCAAUGCGUACCAAGAAUCCCGCUAUGCCGGCGUAGUGGAGGGAUGUCAGCGUGCGGGUAUGGUCACUUCCAUGACCACCUGGAGGACGUGGAAGCUCUGGUUCCUAGACCAGUACGUAUUUUCCUGGCACUUUGUGCAACGAUAUCUAGCCAAGUUUGUGGCAGUAAAGUAUGCAUCGAUGGAAGUGUUCAGCUACAUCAAGGCCACUGAGAGGAUGGUGGGGAGGCAACCAUGGGUAAACAGUUUCCCGGCUUCUACCAAGGCCAAUUGA